AUGCUGAGGGUGCUGCUGCUCCUGGGGGGCCUGGCCCCCGCCCUGCCCGCUGGUCCCCACUGGACGUACGAGGGUCCCCAUGGGCAGCAGCACUGGCACGAGCGACACCCGGAGUGCGGGGGCUGGGCUCAGUCCCCCAUCGACAUCGCGACAUCGCGGGCACAGCCCGAGCCGUCCCUGCCGCCGCUGCUGCCCGAGGGCUACGAGCACCCCGAGAGCCCCCAGCUGACCCUCGCCAACAACGGCCACACCGCCGUGCUGGCGCUGCCGCCGUCCCUACGGCUCCGGGGGCUGCCCCGAACCUUCGCUGCCGUUCAGCUCCACUUCCACUGGGGCCGGCCCGGGAACGCCGCUGGAGCCGAGCACCUGCUGGACGGGCACCGUGCCCCCGCCGAGAUGCACGUGGUGCAUUUCGACACCGAGCGUUUCGCCGAUGCCAGCGCGGCUCAGCGGCACCCGGGCGGCCUGGCCGUGCUCGGCGUCCUCCUGGAGGUGGGAGAUGACCCCCACCCCGCCUAUGAUAACAUCCUGAGGCACCUCGGCAGCAUCCGCUACUCAGGGCAGACGGUGGCCAUCCCCUCCUUCAGCAUCCGGGAGCUGUUGCCCGAGCACCUGGAGCGCUACUACCGCUACAACGGCUCCCUGACCACCCCGCCCUGCUCCCAGAGCGUCCUCUGGAGCCUCCUCCCGCAGCCCGUCCGCAUCAGCCGCGCCCAGCUGGAGCAGCUCCAGGGAAGCCUUUACUCCACGGAGGAGGGCGAGCAGGAGGAGCCGCAGCUCCUGGUGGACAAUUUCCGAGCCCCGCAGGAACUGAACCAGCGCCUGGUGCUCUCCUCCUUCCCCCGGGAGCCUGAGGGAUAUUCCACAGGUGAAGUCAUCGCCAUCAUCUUCGGCACCAUCGCCGGCUGCGUCGGCCUCUUCCUCGCCGUCCACUUUGGGGCCAAGAGGAUGCGGGCGAGGCGGGGGCAGGCACAGGACGUGGUGUUCAAAGCUUCCUCCCGCCGCUCGCCCAUGGACGCUGGACCCUCCCGCUGA